UUUUCUGUAUCAAAACAUAGAUUUUGACUUUGUAAUUUUGGGAAUCGAGAUCUGCUAUGGCGAACCCACCUGCGGCGAAGGGGAAGUGGAGUAACCUGCCCAAAUACGCUUCUCUCUUAUACUUCGUCCUUAUCAUUUUUCAGGUUCCCCUUUUCAGGGUCCAAUGUCGGUCUGGCAUGUGCACGACACCUAUUCACGUGACAGCCUCACAGCUGAUUUCUAGCGAAGUCUUUCCUCUUCCAGUGGUAAAGGCUCUUCUCUACCCUGGAGCUAUUGUUAACAGCCUCACGACUGACAUGACUUUCCCAAGUUGGAAUAAUCUGUUAAGCAUCUAUAACUUGACUGACAUUAAGGAAGCUUCUGCUGAAGUCGACCUACAACGAUUAGAGGUUCUUGCCGGAAGUUACUUUUGUGUCGCUGGUUCCCUCGUUGGUCUCCUAAAACAGGGAAGGAUGAACAUGUUUGGGACUCUUUUAGUCAUCUGGGGUCUUCUCAAGGAAGGCAUUCUUGGAAAGCCACCAAACACAGAUCCAACAAAGGCAGUAUUCGUGUACCCGACAAUGAUGAUAGCUUUGCUUUGCGCUUUCUUAUCGGUGAAGUACAACCUAAAGAAAGCCGCAGCCCGAACCACCGCAACUCAACCAGCAGCGAAGCCUCUGAAGAGCUCUUCGAAAGCCAAGCUAAAAUGAUCUGGCCCCUAAAGAAAGCAGCAGCCCAAAUCACCACGACUCAACCAGCAGCGAAGCCUCUAAAGAGCUCUUCGAAAGCCAAGCUAAAAUGAUCUGGCCCCUAUAUUGGAUGUUGUCUCACACUUUCUUAUUUCUCAUGUAUGGUGCAUCAUUGAACUCAGUUUUGUUGUAUAUGACCAUUUUCUUGCCUCA